CAGAAAUUUCGUUUGGCGAACCAAUCAUAAAAGAGCGUUUACAGCGUUCGUUCCUGUAACCAACAGAAGACGAAAUGCGUGGAGACGAUUUAACCUGGGACACUUUCAGGGACCAAAUGCCUGCUAGGAAGGGGCUGUUGGCGCCCCAAAACACUUUCCUUGAUACGAUCGCAACCCGUUUCGACGGCACUCACAGCAACUUUGUGCUGGGAAACGCCCAAGUUCCAAGUAAUCCAAUUGUCUACUGUUCGGAUGGAUUCUGCGAGCUCACCGGUUACACAAGGGCACAAAUCAUGCAGAAGGGCUGCGCGUGCAAGUUUCUGCACGGCUCAGAAACGAAGGACGAACAUAAAGCCCAAAUCGACAAAGCUUUAGAAUCAAAAAACGAACUCAAAUUAGAAGUUAUAUUCUAUAAGAAAAACGGAACCCCAUUUUGGUGUCUUUUGGAUAUAGUACCCAUUAAAAAUGAGAAACGAGAGGUCGUAUUGUUUCUCGCUUCCCAUAAAGAUAUCACAAAUACGAAGAUGGCUGAAAUGUCUGAAUGCGAAUUGUAUGAUAGCGCGGCGGUUCUUGGUGCCAGGUUCCGUGGUGCUGACUCUUGCCUCCUUGCAGACGCUAAUGGCAAUCUCGAUCCAGAGGCACCGCCAGCGAAUUAUGGCAGAAGGAGGUCCAGAGCGGUGUUGUAUCAACUUUCUGGACACUACAAACAGGACAAAAUCAAAACGAAACUUAAACUCAACAACAAUUUAUUAAGCUCGCCAACGACACCUUUACCAGAAUACAAAACAGCAGCAGUAAAAAAAAGUCGUUACAUUUUAUCGCAUUAUGGAAUGUUUAAAAGUUGCUGGGAUUGGUUAAUGUUAAUGGCAACAUUUUACGUCGCCGUCGUCGUUCCGUAUAACGCAAGUUUUGUGGCAAGUUUACUACAAACUGACGGACAACGUCCCACUCAUGUUGUCGAUGUGAUAGUCGAAGCGUUAUUUUUUAUAGAUGCAAAUCAUCAGUUAACUGGUAAAGAUC